AUGGCUUCAACUGCUGCAUUGGAAACUUCUGUUACUGCGCAUAAUGAUACCGAGAAAGACGCACGGGCUAGAGGACGGCUUCUGACUCCAGAGCCAACGCCUGGAGUCGAAGAGGGGAGGGUCGCAGCAGAUUUGGCCAGAAAAGCCGCAGCCAAGCACAAUGUAGAAACACCAACAUCACCAGCCAAGCCAGCUACCGGCACAGAUGCGACGGAAGUUAAGUUGGAUGAUGUGCAGCAGGAAAUUGAACGGGUACUGCGAUGCGCUGAUGAAUCCUAUGCUGAGAUUCUGGCAGUGAGCCAGAGCUCAACGGAGGAAGAAAUCUUAGCUGCUUGGAGACGGCUUGGAUGCAUGUUUCACCCGCAUUAUUGCCAUCACAAUGAUUCCAAGGCGGCCUAUAGGAAACUUCGACGGGCGGCACGGCAGAUGGGCGUAGAUCAAGUAUUCAUCGAUGAGGUCACCCUUUGGGACGGUGAAGAGGUCCUCCCGGCAGGAGAUUCGGAAUCUGAUGAAGAUGACAACGGUAAAGACGCGCAAGGCGAUGUAACCAUGGCAGAGGACGAAGUCCCCAAGCCUCCUGCUCGAGUGCAGGAUAUUUAUCGAGAAGCGACACCUCUUCUUUACGAGCUUGGGCAUAAUCCUAGUGAUAAAGCCUUGCUUGACCAACUGAAUGGCCUUAACCACAGAAUUAGUGCCGGGAAUAAAGCUCACAAUAAAUAUGCAACAGACAAGAGUGAGAAAAUCCCAAAAUACAGGUGGCUGAUCCCCGUAAGCUUCUUCGGACCACAUUACAAAAUAGCUCUGGAGAGUUAUCAUGUUCUUCUUAAGGAUCCAAAGAACGAGGUCGCGAGAAAGAAUUUGGUGACAGAGAAAGUCCUCAUAGACGAGUAUGUUACGAAGCACCAUCUUCCUGAAGAAUGGAGUUUUGACGUGGCGGACGAUUUUCUCAAAGCAAAGCCUGUGCCUGCCAAUCCGAAUCGCAUUGACUACCCGUGGCCCACCGCUAAGGCCGCUGAUGGGUCUCUCAUCAUAGGAGUGAGACAGCAGGGGAAAUGGGGAACCCAGGUAUGCGUAGAAACUACUGAAGAAGAUGGUCGGCUAGUGCGCAGACUCGUGUCGGCCUCGAAUGUUGGGCUGCUUGAAGUGGAGCACUACAAGAGUAUGGCUGGCCACAAGAACCUAGCCGACGGUCAGUCAAAGUGGUCCGACAGGGACCGAGGUGACUUCAAGGAGCUACUUUGGGUCACGAAGUCCCAGAUUCAACUCAAAAACGUGGCUGCAAACAAGAAGGAUCCUCCAACGGACUGCUGCGUAGAGUUUCACAAGAAAGGGAUUCAUAUACUCACUGUAUCCAGUCUGAACAAGGUCCUCGGACCCGCGAGCGCAAGGGCGAAAAUUGAGAAGGUCUGUGAGCGAGACGGCACACCUACGCCGUGGAAGGCAGGAUGGGUGAGCUACUACAAUGACCCCGCCAAGGUCGAAAAGGACCCGACAAGACGUAGGGGUAUGAAGGACGCCCAAGCAGACGAGUUGGCCGUGCUCAGUCGCUCAGAUCGCCGUCGAUCGAUCAGUGACGUUGAAAGAGAUCAACGGGUUCAAGAUCUGGAGUCGAAGGUGCACGACCUGACUGACACGGUAAGCAGCUUGAAUAAAACAGUGAGCGUGCUGGCAGACAUGUUCAAGGAGUUUAUGAAGACUUCGGUAUCUGCUCCUGCACCAAAAUAA